GACUGCGGACACGGUACAGGAGAUGACCAGAGACUGCGGACACGGUAUAGGAGAUGACCAGAGACUGCGGACACAGUACAGGUGAUGACCAGAGACUGUGGACAUAGUACAGGAGAUGACCAGAGACUGCGGACAUGGUACAGGAGAUGACCAGAGACUGCGGACACAGUACAGGAGAUGACCAGAGACUGCGGACACAGUACAGGAGAUGACCAGAGACUGCGGACAUACUACAUCAUAUGCCAUGAGCAGGGAGGAGCUGUAAGGACAGGCCACACCUGCAGACCAGAUCAGACUGCAGAGCAGGGAGCGCAGUACAAAGACAUGCCAGGAGCGGGGAGGAGCUCCGAAGAGAGGCCACGACUGCAGAGCAAACUGGCUGGGUUCGGCGAGGGGACUGCCUGCUACGAAGAGCUGCGGGGACAGCCCGCUGAGAGAGGGGAUAAGGUAGGGUGAACUUCGGUGACAGCCUGCAGUGA